AUGAGUCUGAUUUCGGUGCUUGUUUUCCCGCCUCAAGAUACCCUCGCUGAGGGCCGUACUUCCUCCGGCCCGACGGGAACCUUGUCUCAUUACGACUGGGCCUUGCUUGCUGAGUCACGCAAGCGCUUCGUCAACUUUCAGAGACCAUACUCGGUCGUCUUCAGCAGAAACGGCGUCCGCACGCGGUACGCGGCAUCGGCCCGUCAACCCAUUCUCAACAUUCACAUCGCAGUCUCGCGCCAUUCGUCGCUGCUGGACAAAAUUGGCAGGCUCAUAGCCGCAGUCCCCGCAGAUAUCCCACCAGAAGAGUGGCUGGACACCGUUCUGGCUUCGCUUCAGAAGCUAGAGAUCGUCCAACGGUUCAGUAUCAAGAAAUUCCACCAGUUUGUCCUCGACACCCUUGAGGCACAUCCCUUGGCAGGGAGAUGGCUGAACAGUGGGACCACGGAGAUUGACUAUCUCGCCCUGCUCAGUUCCAAUGCCGAGGUGAAGCGGAUGCUGAAUCCUGAUCCCGAGCAGGAUGUCCAGCCGGCCGCGAGGACUGUCUGUGGGUUCAGAAUCUCCACUGGACCUCAACAGAAGCUGACCAACGGUCAUUUGAGUUCCUGGGAGCGGCAGGACGAUCCGUAUGGAGGUCUGAUGUGA